UGAUAGGCUCUGUCACUGCAGCACCCGCUGGGCUCUGAGAUAGCAAGCACUGCACCACUGCAGCACCCACUGCAGACUGCCAGGAGGAGGGUGGCACCCACUGCAGACUGCCAGGAGGAGGGGGCACCUACUGCACACUGCCAGGAGGAGGGGGCACCCACUGCACAAUACCAGGAGGAGGGUGGCACCCACUGAACACUGCCAGGAGGAGGGGGCACCCACUGCACAAUACCAGGAGGAGGGUGGCACCCACUGCACACUGCCAGGAGGAGGGGGCACCCACUGCACAAUACCAGGAGGUUGGCAUUUACUGCACACUGCCAGGAGGAGAGUGGCCCUCACUAAAGACUGCCAGGAGGAGGGGGCACCUACUGCAGUAAGCCAGGAGAAAGGUGGCAUUUACUGCACACUGCCAGGAGGAGGGUGGCAUUUACUGCAUAUUGACAUGAGGGUGGCACUCACUGCACAUUGAGAGGAGGGUGGCACUCACUGCACAUUGAGAGGAGGGUGGCACUCACUGCACACUGCCAAGAGCCUGGAAGGUGGCACUCACCCACUACAGACAGCCUGGAGGGUGGCACUGACUCACUGCAGCUGGUAGGUGUGGGGUUGGUAUGGGGGUGUGGUGGGGGCAUUGCUGCUCAUUACUGCUCUGUUGCAUCAGUGAUGCUGUGUGAUGGUGCUUUUUGUAGCUGGGGUCUAUCCAUCCAGCAUCCCAUACAAUCUGCUGCCUGCUGUGGGGGCACACCUCCCUUGUUCCCUGGCCAAGGACCCAUUGAAAGCCUCUGGAUUUACUGGAAAGCAGGCUGUUUGGGGGAUUAAUCAGGGAUGACAGGAGCUCCACUGACAAUCCUACAAAGGCUUUUUAUUAUCUCUCAUUGGCAUCCUGACUGCAUCUGCUCAGCAUCCAGCACCAAGACCAUGCCAAGCAGGAGGUGAAUGCCAGCAUGCUGUGGAUGGGAGGGGGUGGCAUUGUGUACAGAGCCUGGAAUGGUGGCUAUUAGCACAGACAGGGCAGGAUGGAGGCUGCAUCCCAUUUGCCUUUCAGAUAACCUUUACUCAAUGCCCUGAUUGCAUGCCUAGCACACAUUACACAUACCCAGCUAUGUGCCCUCUGAGGACCGAGAGAGGGUCACUUUAUUACUGCAAUCAAUAUUGUAGAUAAGAUAAAAAGGAAGCACUAUAUAUACAUAUAUACAUAUAUAUACAACCAGGCCUUAUUAUAGAUAAUAUUACACAGAUAUUUGCUACACCGAUGAAUAUAUAUAUAUUCAUCAGUGUAGCAAAUAUCUGUGUAAUAUUAUCUAUAAUAAGGCCUGGUUGUAUAUCACACACUGUGUGUAAUAACUUAUGGUUGAUAUCACAUACUGUGUCUGGCUAUAUAUCGCAUACUGUGUGUUAUAAUACCUGUCUGUUUAUCACACACUGUGUGUAAUAAUGUCUGGAUGUAUAUAACUACUAUGUGUAAUAACAUAUGGCUGUAAAUCACAUAAUGUAUGGUUGUAUAGCACAUACUGUGUGUAAUAAUGGGUGGUUGUAUAUCACAUACUGUGUGUAAUAAGGCCUGUCUGGAUAUCACAUACUGUGUGUAAUAGGGUAUGGAUGUAUAUCACAUACUGUGUGUAAUAAUGUCAGGCUGUAUAUCACAUACUGUGUGUAAUAAUGCCUGUCUUUGUAUCACACACUGUGUGUAAUAAGGCCUGUAUGGAUAUCACAUACUGUGUGUAAUAAUGUCUGGCUGUAUAUCGCAUACUGUGUGUAAUAAUGUCUGGCUGUAUAUCACAUACUGUGUUUAAUAGUGUAUGGCUGUAUAUUACACACUAUGUGUGUAAUAACGUAUGGAUGUUUAUCACAUAUUGUGUGUGUAAUAAGGCCUGGCUGUAUAUCAUAUACUGUGUGUUAUAAUACCUGGCUGUAUAUCACACACUGUGUGAAAUAACGUGUGGCUAUAUAUCACAUACUGUGCGUUAUAAUAUCUGGAUACAUAUCAUAUACUGUGUGUAAUAAGAUAUGGCUGUAUAUCACAUACUGUGUGUAAUAAUGUCUGGCUGUAUAUCACAUACUGUGUGUAAUAAUGCCUGGCUGUAUAUCACACACUGUGUGUAAUAAUGUAUGGCUGUAUAUCACACACUGUGUGUAAUAACAUGUGGCUGUAUAUCACAUACUGUGUGUAAUAGCGUGUGGCUAUAUAUCACACAUGGUGUGUAAUAACAUGUGGCUGUAUAUCACAUACUGUGUGUAAUAACGUAUGGCUGUAUAUCACAUACUGUGUGUAAUAAUGCCUGGCUGGAUAUCACAUACUGUGGGUAAUAAUGCCUAUCUUUGUAUCACAUACUGUGUGUAAUAAUGUCUGACUGUUUAUCACACACUGGGUGUAAUAAUACCUGGCUGUUUAUCACACACUGGGUGUAAUAAUACCUGGCUGUAUAUCACACAAUAUGUGUAAUAACGUCUGGCUGGAUAUCACACACUGUGUGUAAUAAUGUCUGGCUGUAUAUCACACACUGCGUGUAAUAACGCGUGGCUGUAUAUCACAUACUGCGUGUAAUAAUGCGUGGCUGUAUAUCACAUACUGCGUGUAAUAAUACCUGGCUGUAUAUCACAUACUGUGUGUAAUAACGUGUGGCUGUAUAUCAUAUACUGUGUGUAAUAAUAUCUGGAUACAUAUCACAUACUGUGUGUAAUAAUGCCUGGCUGUAUAUCACAUACUAUGUGUAACAAUGUGUGGCUGUAUAUCACAUACUGUGUGUAAUAAUAUCUGGAUUUAUAUCACAUACUGUGUGUAAUAAUGUCUGGCUGUAUAUCACAUACUGUGUGUAAUAAGGUCUGGCUGUAUAUCACAUAUUGUGUGUAAUAAUACCUGGCUGUAUAUCACAUACUGUGUGUAAUAACGUGUGGCUGUAUAUCACAUACUGUGUGUAAUAAUGUCUGGCUGGAUAUCACAUACUGUGUGUAAUAAUGCCUGGCUGUAUAUCACAUAUUGUGUGUAAUAACGUCUGGCUGGAUAUCACAUACUGUGUGUAAUAACGUGUGGCUGUAUAUCACAUACUGUGUGUAAUAAUGUCUGGCUGUAUAUCACAUACUGUGUGUAAUGACGUGUGGCUGUAUAUCACAUACUGUGUGUAAUAAUAUCUGGAUACAUAUCACAUACUGUGUGUAAUAAUGCCUGGCUUAUAUCACAUACUAUGUGUAAUAAUGUGUGGCUGUAUAUCACAUACUGUGUGUAAUAAAAUCUGGAUUUAUAUCACAUACUGUGUGUAAUAAUGUCUGGCUGUAUAUCACAUACUGUGUGUAAUAAUGGGUGGUUGUAUAUCACAUACUGUGUGUAAUAAGGCCUGUCUGGAUAUCACAUACUGUGUGUAAUAAGGCCUGUCUGGAUAUCACAUACUGUGUGUAAUAGGGUAUGGAUGUAUAUAACAUACUGUGUGUAAUAAUGUCAGGCUGUAUAUCACAUACUGUGUGUAAUAAUGCCUGUCUUUGUAUCACACACUGUGUGUAAUAAGGCCUGUAUGGAUAUCACAUACUGUGUGUAAUAAUGUCUGGCUGUAUAUCGCAUACUGUGUGUAAUAAUGUCUGGCUGUAUAUCACAUACUGUGUUUAAUAGUGUAUGGCUGUAUAUUACACACUAUGUGUGUAAUAACGUAUGGAUGUUUAUCACAUAUUGUGUGUGUAAUAAGGCCUGGCUGUAUAUCAUAUACUGUGUGUUAUAAUACCUGGCUGUAUAUCACACACUGUGAAAUAACGUGUGGCUGUAUAUCACAUACUGUGCGUUAUAAUAUCUGGAUACAUAUCAUAUACUGUGUGUAAUAAGAUAUGGCUGUAUAUCACAUACUGUGUGUAAUAAUGUCUGGCUGUAUAUCACAUACUGUGUGUAAUAAUGCCUGGCUGUAUAUCACACACUGUGUGUAAUAAUGUAUGGCUGUAUAUCACACACUGUGUGUAAUAACAUGUGGCUGUAUAUCACAUACUGUGUGUAAUAGCGUGUGGCUAUAUAUCACACAUGGUGUGUAAUAACAUGUGGCUGUAUAUCACAUACUGUGUGUAAUAACGUAUGGCUGUAUAUCACAUACUGUGUGUAAUAAUGCCUGGCUGGAUAUCACAUACUGUGGGUAAUAAUGCCUAUCUUUGUAUCACAUACUGUGUGUAAUAAUGUCUGACUGUUUAUCACACACUGGGUGUAAUAAUACCUGGCUGUUUAUCACACACUGGGUGUAAUAAUACCUGGCUGUAUAUCACACAAUAUGUGUAAUAACGUCUGGCUGGAUAUCACACACUGUGUGUAAUAAUGUCUGGCUGUAUAUCACACACUGCGUGUAAUAACGCGUGGCUGUAUAUCACAUACUGCGUGUAAUAAUGCGUGGCUGUAUAUCACAUACUGCGUGUAAUAAUACCUGGCUGUAUAUCACAUACUGUGUGUAAUAACGUGUGGCUGUAUAUCAUAUACUGUGUGUAAUAAUAUCUGGAUACAUAUCACAUACUGUGUGUAAUAAUGCCUGGCUGUAUAUCACAUACUAUGUGUAAUAAUGUGUGGCUGUAUAUCACAUACUGUGUGUAAUAAUAUCUGGAUUUAUAUCACAUACUGUGUGUAAUAAUGUCUGGCUGUAUAUCACAUACUGUGUGUAAUAAGGUCUGGCUGUAUAUCACAUAUUGUGUGUAAUAAUACCUGGCUGUAUAUCACAUACUGUGUGUAAUAACGUGUGGCUGUAUAUCACAUACUGUGUGUAAUAAUGUCUGGCUGGAUAUCACAUACUGUGUGUAAUAAUGCCUGGCUGUAUAUCACAUAUUGUGUGUAAUAACGUCUGGCUGGAUAUCACAUACUGUGUGUAAUAACGUGUGGCUGUAUAUCACAUACUGUGUGUAAUAAUGUCUGGCUGUAUAUCACAUACUGUGUGUAAUGACGUGUGGCUGUAUAUCACAUACUGUGUGUAAUAAUAUCUGGAUACAUAUCACAUACUGUGUGUAAUAAUGCCUGGCUUAUAUCACAUACUAUGUGUAAUAAUGUGUGGCUGUAUAUCACAUACUGUGUGUAAUAAUAUCUGGAUUUAUAUCACAUACUGUGUGUAAUAAUGUCUGGCUGUAUAUCACAUACUGUGUGUAAUAAGGCCUGUCUGGAUAUCACAUACUGUGUGUAAAAACGUGUGGCUAUAUAUCACAUACUGUGUGUAAUAACGUGAGGCUGCAUAUCACAUACUGUGUGUAAUAAUAUCUGGAUUCAUAUCACAUACUGUGUGUAAUAACGUGUGGCUAUAUAUCACAUACUGUGUGUAAUAAUAUCUGGAUUCAUAUCACGUACUGUGUGUAAUAAUGUCUGGCUGUAUAUCACAUAUUGUGUGUAAUAACGUGUGGCUGUAUAUCACAUACUGUGUGUAAUAAUGUCUGGCUGUAUAUCACAUACUAUGUGUAAUGACGUGUGGCUGUAUAUCACAUACUGUGUGUAAUAACGUGUGGCUGUAUAUCACAUACUGUGUGUAAUAAUGCGUGGCUGUAUAUCACAUACUGUGUGUAAUAAUGUCUGGCUGUAUAUCACAUACUGUGUGUAAUAACAUGUGGCUGUAUAUCACAUACUGUGUGUAAUAACGUGUGGCUAUAUAUCACACACUGUGUGUAAUAAUGUCUGGCUGUAUAUCACAUACUGUGUGUAAUAAGGCCUGUCUGGAUUUCACAUACUGUGUGUAAUAAUGCCUGGCUGUAUAUCACAUACUGUGUGUAAUAACGCGUGGCUGUAUAUCACAGACUGUGUGUAAUAAUGUCUGGCUAUAUAUCACACACUGUGUGUAAUAAUGUCUGGCUGUAUAUCACACACUGUGUGUAAUAACGUGUGGCUGUAUAUCACACACUGUGUGUAAUAACGCCUGGCUGUAUAUUGCGACGGAGCUCCUGUACUCUGUCUGAGUACCUCCAACAGGUCAGCUUCCUUGCUGCUGCCAAGGACUCUGGAAAGCUUCAGACUCAGUUGCUAAAGUUUGAUUUGGGGUGUCUGAGUACCUCACCGGACCACGCUGCAGAUCUCUCCUUCCGGGCAGGUAUCAUUCCCUCUGCCUGAGGUGUCUCCAACUACUACCAUUAUAAAGGCACUUGCUCUUUCUCAGGCCUAGCUCUUUCUUAAAGGACUACUAUAGGCACCCAGACCACUUCAGCUUAAUGAGGUGGUCUGGGUGCCUGGUGCAGCUAGGGUUAACCCUUUUUUCUAUAAACAUAGCAGUUUCAUAGAAACUGAUAUGUUUAUAAUAGGGUUAAUCCAGCCUCUAGUGGCUGUCUCAUUGACAGCCGCUAGAGGGCUUCCACGCUUCUCACUGAAGACACCAGCGUCGAUAGGAAAGUAUUGUGAAUGCUUUCCUAUGGACUGGCUGAAUGCGCGCGCGGCUCCUGCCGCGCAUGCACAUUCAGGAGAGGAGGAGGAGAGUCCCCCGCUUGGCGUUGGAGAAAGAGGUAAGGUUAACCCCUUCCACCCCCUAGAGCCUGACGGGAGGGGGACCCUGAGGGUGGGGGCACUCUCAGGGCACUAUAGUGGUCCUUUAACAUGUCACCACGAUCAGGAACCAAUGCAUGCAACCAUGACAUCUGAAUAACUGUUACUGAAAUCCCCAAACAAAUCAGACAGGACACACAGUUCUCAACUUACACCCAAUACUUAAUUUACAGUCUGGCCAGCCCCUAUCCACAUUAUAUUACAGUUAUGGUGGAUAUAUAUCACAUACUGUGUGUAAUAAUAACUGGAUACAUAUCACAUACUGUGCAUAAUAAUGUCUGGCUGUAUAUCAUAUACUGUGUGUAAUAAUAUCUGGAUACAUAUCACAUACUGUGCAUAAUAAUGUCUGGCUGUAUAUCAUAUACUGUGUAUAAUAAUGUCUGGAUACAUAUCAUAUACUGUGUGUAUUAAGAUAUGGUUGUAUAUCACAUACUGAGUGUAAUAACGUAUGGCUGUAUAUCACAUACUGUGUGUAAUAAUGUCUGUUUACAUAUCCCAUAUUGUGUGUAAUAACAUGGGGCUGUAUAUCACAUACUGUGUGUAAUAAUGUCAGGCUGUAUAUCACAUACUGUGUGUAAUAAUAUGUGGAUACAUAUCACACACUGUGUGUAAUAACGUAUGGCUGUAUAUCACAUACUGUGUGUAAUAAUGUCUGGAUAUAUAUCAGAUACUGUGUGUAAUAAUAUCUGACUGUGUAUCACAUACUGUGUGUAAUAAUGUGUGACUGUAUAUCACAUACUGUGUGUAAUAAUAUGUGGAUACAUAUCACACACUGUGUGUAAUAACGUAUGGCUGUAUAUCACAUACUGUGUGUAAUAAUGUCUGGAUAUAUAUCAGAUACUGUGUGUAAUAAUAUCUGACUGUGUAUCACAUACUGUGUGUAAUAAUGUGUGACUGUAUAUCACAUACUGUGUGUAAUAACGUAUGGCUGUGUAUCACAUACUGUGUGUAAUAAUGUAUGGCUGUAUAACAGGAGUAUAGUAGAGGAAAAACAAUACCACAUACACCACUAGAGGAGCUCUGGCACUGGAAUUGCAUUGGACCACAAAUACCAUGAUGCUCGCCAUGAACAGCAGAGCAUGCUGGGUAAGGGCAGUAUCAGACAUGGUGGAUGUUAAAGCUGUGCAUGCGGCCCACAGAUUGACAGUACAGGAUUUUACCUGUCAUUAAUUUCUCCCCAGACUGCACGACUUGGCCUAGAAAAUAGAAAAGGUUUCAGGAUAUCAGGAACAAUUAGCUAUUUUUAUGAUUUACUCUGUUUAUUUUUUUGUUUUACUCAUCCCUUGUGCUGUGUAUUUGUGCAGACGGCAUGCCCUCAGAAUAGAGAACGGGGCCGGGCAAUAUUACAUGGGUCAAUUGACUGGGUCUGUGUUACAUACAGAAUUCAUAUGGGGAAAUGUAUAUAUAUAUAUAUAUAUAUAUGCUUGUAUAUCACAUGUUUAUUAGUAAAUAACAAAUAAACAAGGGCAAGGUGACCCCCUGACAAUAUUAACUAAGAGUUCCUUCCAUCCAUCUGUUCAUGCAUCUAACUCCGUCCACACCUCCAUCUGUCCAUCCAUCUACCUCUAUACAUCCAUCCACCCCUCCAUCCGUCCAUCCAUCCAUCUUCAUACAUCCAUCCACCCCUCUAUCUGUCCAUCCAUCUACCUCUAUACAUCCAUCCACCCCUCCAUCUAUCCAUCCAUCUGCCUCUAUACAUCCAUCCACCCCUCCAUCUGUCCAUCCAUCUACCUCUAUACAUCCAUCCACCCCUCCAUCUGUCCAUCCAUCUACCUCUAUACAUCCAUCCACCCCUCCAUCUGUCCAUCCAUCUACCUCUAUACAUCCAUCCACCCCUCCAUCUGUCCAUCCAUCUGCCUCUAUGCAUCCAUCCACCCCUCCAUCUGUCCAUCCAUCUACCUCUAUACAUCCAUCCACCCCUCCAUCUGUCCAUCCAUCUGCCUCUAUGCAUCCAUCCACCCCUCCAUCUGUCCAUCCAUCUACCUCUAUACAUAAAUCCACCCCUCCAUCUGUCCAUCCAUCUACCUCUAUACAUCCAUCCAUCGACCUCUAUACAUCCAUCCACCCCUCCAUCUGUCCAUCCAUCUACCUCUAUACAUCCAUCCACCCCGCCAUCUGUCCAUCCAUCUGCCUCUAUGCAUCCAUCCACCCCUCCAUCUGUCCAUCCAUCGGCCUCUAUACAUCCAUCCACCCCUCCAUCUGUCAUCAUCCAUCUACCUCUAUACAUCCAUCCACCCCUCCAUCUGUCCAUCCAUCUACCUCUAUACAUCCAUCCACCCCUCCAUCUGUCCAAUCUGCCUCUAUGCAUCCAUCCAUCUGUCCAUCCAUCUACCUCUAUACAUAAAUCCACCCCUCCAUCUGUCCAUCCAUCUACCUCUAUACAUCCAUCCACCCCACCAUCUGUCCAUUCAUCUACCUCUAUACAUCCAUCCACCCCUCCAUCUGUCCAUCCAUCUACCUCUAUACAUCCAUCCACCCCUCCAUCUGUCCAUUCAUCUACCUCUAUACAUCCAUCCACCCCUCCAUCUGUCCAUCCAUGUACCUCUAUACAUCCAUCCACCCCUCCAUCUGUCCAUCCAUCUACCUCUAUACAUCAAUCCACCCCUCCAUCUGUCCAUCCAUCUACCUCUAUACAUCAAUCCACCCCUCCAUCUGUCCAUCCAUCUACCUAUAUACAUCCAUCCAUCCAUCUACCUCUAUACAUCCAUCCACCCCUCCAUCUUUGCAGGAGCAUCAUUUGACCUCAUGCUGUAAUGAUGCUUUACCACCUCUCUAUGGCACUCUGUGUACCUGUCCCACAAAUCUUGGUCCCUCUUUCACCUUAGUAUUAUCUGUCCAAUUUUUCACAGGAAAAACAAGCUGUGAACAAUAGGGGCGGCUUAGCCCAAAACUUCCUUGUGAUAAGCUGCAGUAGUUACAGAGUGUAGAGUCUCCCUUAAAACUAGCAAAUCAUUAUGGGUGUUGAGGUUCUAGAGCUGACCAUCUCCCUCUUUCCCACUCCUGAUUAAAUGGACACUCUGGGCACUGUAUCCACUUCAUCUCAUUGAAGUGGUUAUAAUGCUUAGAGUGCAAUGUAAUUGUACCCAGCUCCUCUCAGUACUUGUUGCCUGAUAAUUCAUAUUAGACCAUGCUCACUGGUGAGGACAAUGUAGAGACACUAGGCCAUUUGAAAUUGGAAGUGCUGUUUAUCUUCUUGCCAGCCAUGAAUAGCUGAGAAUCGAUCAGACUGAAUUCUAAUACUGGGGGCUCCGUGGAAAGUCAGUCAUGUCGAACUUUCUCCUUAAAGGAUCACUAUAGGGUCAGGAACACAAACAUGUUAACACCACCAUCUAACCCCUCUGGGCCCCUCAUGCCUCCAUAAAUAUAGCUAAAUCUUACUAUAUUCAAGCCUGAAGCUGUAACUCUGCAUGCUGUUAGACUCAGAAAAACAAGCAGUCUGGUGACAUGUGGUAGCCUGAUCCAAUCACAGUGCGUCCCCAUAGGAUUGGCUGAGACUGACAAGGAGGCAGAUCAGGGGCAGAGCCAGCAUGAUUCAAACACAGCCCUGGUCAAUCAGCAUCUCCUCAUAGAGAUACAUUGAAUCAAUGAAUCUCUAUGAGGAAAGUUCAGUGUCUGCAUGCAGUGGGCGGAGAUACUGAAUCACAGGAUGCUGUGAACAGUGCUGCCCUGUGCUCUGCUGACAGCAGAUAUGAGUGGCUUCCAUCAACUCCGAAGUCCCUCUUGUUCACUCUGAGUGACUGCAACUGGAGGUGUUCCUAGCAUUCAAUGUAAACACUGUAUUUUCUCAGAAAAUACAGUGUUUACAUGAGAAAGGCUGCAGGGAGCUAUAGUUCUCACCUGAACAACCUCAUUAAGCUGAAGUUGUUCAGGUGACUAUAGUGUCCCUUUAAAAUGAACAUGCUAAGUUACAUUUGUAGCUAAAGCAGACAGGCUACAAUACAGAGCAUAUGAAAGAGAUUUAGACAUGCAGAGCCCUCACAUGAUUCCUGAAAUCAAUGUAUUAUUACAUUAUCUUGAGGUGGGAAUUAACCUAAAUAUUGUUAAAUAUUCACUGAACUGGAAAUGGCAGAGAAUUGGUGAGAAUGUUCCAAAUUUUCAGGCCAAAAUAGACAAAAAUGUAAAAUUUUCUAACAUUGUGGACCUUUAAUCAUUGUGCUUCUCCAGCCCAAGACAACUGAACCCAAUGUUUCAUAACAAGAAGAAUAAGCCAUCAGCGUCAUCAUGGUGUGCGUAAUGAUAAUGUGAAGACCUUUUAAAAUGGAGGACAUUGCUCCAAGGGCCAUCAGUCUGACAGCCACUCAAGGCGUAUUCUCAGUCACUAUUACAUUGCCAGAGAAAGGGACAGUAUCUGUGCACCAUAACCACUGCGUUGAGAUGGUGUCCCUUUAAUACCAUAGUCCUAUCCUAUUGGGUUAAUAGGCUGACGGUCCUUUUGGGAAUGUUUCGGUUAAAUGAUUUUAUUUUAUUCAUUCUGUAACAGACUGACAUUCAUUAGUUAUUACAUUCCAGUCUCAGUCGGGCUAGUUGUAUAGAAGUUAGAGCCUCCCAAUUAGAGGAAUUUCCUUGUUUUGACGGUGACUAAGGAGUCUGGGCACUGAGUUGGCAAGCUUCCUGUAUUAUUGUUCCUGCAAUCUCAGGCCCUUCCCAUUACUAGUACCAUCUGUAUUUUGAAACCUGUGCAUGCACUUCUUUUAGACAGAGAUCCUUGGAAUUACCUCCAGUAAAUACAGAAACCGAGGUUACUGUGUCCUAACACUGUGUGUUGUAAAACACGGGGCUUAUUCAGUAACUGUAGAAUAGGAAUUUGCGUUCCCUAAAUUAUAACAGUAUAUAAUAAGCAACCUGGAAAUAUAGAGUAUUUUUUUAUUUUCCCUAAAAUGUGAGUUCCCUUUUCAAUUCUACAGAACUGCCAUAAGGGAUUAUUAACUGAAUUCCAAGUAGAACUUAAUCUAAAUUGCAAAAUGUAGAAACAUUCUCGAACUUAACGAUUGUCACUUCUCAUUUUGCAAUUCGUUUUUCAAUUCUCCACAAUUCGCAGUUUAGUGAAUACAUCCCUUACUGUUUAUUAUAUUUAUUUUCACUCUAUACUGUCAUUUGAAACAAGGAAGACAUGUGAAUUGACGUAUUUAUUGUGAUUUAAUUCACUGCGUUUUGCAGUAAACCUUCCAACACUUAUAUUAUUUCAUUUUUUAUCCCAGGUAACUAAGAAACGUGAAUGACCGGAUCGUGAGAAUACUGGGUGUUGAUUAGGGAACAGAACGGAGUUUGCUAGUUUCUGGAGACCCCUGACGAGGUCUUCUCCCCAGAUUUCAAGGACAUUGCUGGCUCCGGGUUCAAGCUGGAUGUGUCUGUGGAAGCUGGUCUGGAUCUCUGAGUGACUGGAAGUUCCUGCUGGUGGGAGAGAAGAGACAAUCAGUAGAAAGGAAUCUGCUUUUGCAUUCUUCAGCCUUGCUGCAGCCUCACAAAUAAACAGGCACACAACGGGGAGGUGGGGCACCUUUUCACAAGGUACACUGUGCCCUUGAUGUGGUGUUUUUGCAUACCUCACGAUUAUACUGCCCUCCUGUAAAAAUCUUGUAAUGAUUAAACCUUCCUCAGUACGGAUCUGCACAACCUGCCUAUCACAACAUCUUCGAGAUCCAGCAUUUUGAUCCAGGAUUGUUGGAAAUUACUUGGCCGGCUUCAGUUGAUUACAGUACAGUAUUUUGCACGAAAAAAAGUCAGGAAUUGGAAUUCUUGGAUUUAAAUGUUAUUUGAUUAUCGGAUUCUGGACCAUGAACCUUUGUGAAGGACAAACUUGUGUGGUUGAUUUCAUCAGUAUUAAAAUUGUGCCAAAAGGAGAUUUUUAAAUUGUGAGUGACCCCAUCUUUCACAGCCACAUGCAGGGGGCACUCGGGGAAAAUAAGGUGGCGGACAGCAAUGUGAAAAAAAUCCUCAUGUCGUGUCUGAAAGGGCAGCAGGUAAUCAUUAAAAUGGAGACCAUGAAGAUCAUACAGGCUGAGAAGUUCUCGGAAUGUCAUAACUCUCAGCCGAGGUAUGGUCCUCCAACACGGAGAGAACCUCCUUUAGUUGCCAAACGUGCUUGGCCUUCAGACUCAGAGAUCAUAGUCAAUCAGGCUUGUGGAGACAUACAAACUCUGGAGAACACACCAAGCACAUUGGGUCUUCCGAGGACACCACCACCACCACGACGCGAGAAGAUCUACCCAGGACCAAGGAAGGCUAGCACAGAGAUUUGUUAUCAUCGCAAAACCCCUUCAGACGAAGUCAUUGUCAAUCAAUAUGUCCUCCAUCCAUCCACCCCCUGUGAACCUUUAGAGUGCCCAACAUGUGGGCACAUGUACAAUUUCACCAACAAAAGACCUCGUAUCUUGUCCUGUCUCCAUUCUGUGUGUGAGGAAUGCCUACAAAUCCUUUACGAGUCCUGCCCCAAGUACAAAUUUAUUUCCUGCCCAACUUGCAAGAGAGAGACUGUCCUGUUUACAGACUAUGGCCUGGCAGCCCUCGCUGUUAAUACCAGUAUUCUCAACCGGCUGCCCACCGAGGCCCUCUCUGCAAACCCGGUGCAGUGGAGCACUGAAGCUGACCGCAGCUGCUACCAGACCUUCCGGCAGUACUGCGGAGCGGCCUGCACUUGCCAGAUCCGAAACCCCUUGUCCUCAUGUGCCAUCAUGUAACCUGGCAUUAUCCAUGCAGUCCGGGAAACCCUUGGGAGCUGUAUAUUAACGUCCAGUAUUAUAUCGUAUGGGAGCCAAAGCAAGUGCCAAGCUAGCUGGUCGGGUAUAUUGGACUCGGCACCAGGCUCUUUUCUAUAUCAAUGAAUCAGACUUGGGGACUGGCAGAGAUUCCCACAUUUAUCAUCGUUUACAUCCUUCUGUCAUGCGACUUGGUGAAACUUGCAUUCUGUGUAGUCUGUCUCUCUCCCUCCUGUAUGCCCGAGCUGUCCCUCUGCUCCCUUCUUCUUUAUGUCUCUUUUCUUCGUACCCCUUGAAGGGGACAAUGCAUAUGAGCGUGGGUGGAGGGGUGCAGGUACACACUCUAAUAGUGAACUAUCCAUUCUUGUGAGUCCGGCAAGCACCAGCUGGACCCAGCACCAAGCACAACGACCCUUCCAGGUGUUACUCACAGGAACAAUGGGGAAUGUAGACAAGAGUCAUUGAUUGACUGGCGUCACGGACCACGCAACAUCAACUCCCCCAUCUCCCCCCAAAAAACUCACAUGGAGGGGGGAGGUGGCUGCCACUUUUAUUCUGUCAAAAUAGUUUUGCCAAAGCUUUGUAUCAAUAGCUGACUGAGACUGAAGCAGAUAAUUAAUCUAUUUUAAAUUAUUGUAUGUUCUAAGCAGAAGCAGCACGUCUUGCGUCAUCCACUUUGCAGGUUGUUCUUCCAUCUAAUGGGUUAACCCUUCUCCUACCGGCGUGUCCCAUGGUGCAUUGCAGAGCAAUACCUUGGGACGCGGCGGCUGGCAGGGAAAGGGUUACCUCGUCCUCCAGCGAUGUGUUUAGGUGGGAGAAUCAUUGUGGACGUGUGUGUUUCAUUAUCUCUUAUUUAUGGGGUAACUGUGAUCAUAUCUGAUGCCCUGCUAUGUAAUAGCUUCCGCUGACAAGAGAUGAUUGUUGCUGUAGCGUUAGCUCUUCUGUCUAGUCACCAUCAAUUACAUAAAUGGCUACAACACGCA